AUGGACGACUUCCGCCCCAGCUCAUCCACCGCUCACCAUCAUCCCCACCCCGAAGAACUCCUCUCUCCCCUCGAGCAAGAAGUCCUUGACGAAUACGCCAAACUCUUGGCUGCAGUCCUCAAUGAUCUCGCAGCGAAACCUUCGGCGGAAAUUUUGGAUUCUUUGAGGGGAUUGGAGAGGAAAACGACGACGGUGUUUACGCUGUUGAAAGCGAGUGUGUAUUCGAUUGUUUUGCAGCAGGAAAUUGCGGAUGGGGAUGCCGAUGCGGAGGGGGGGAUGUGA